CGAAAGAAAUGAAGCCAGCAGUCGGGCGAGAGGAGAGGUGAGGAGAGCGAGGGCGAGAAAGAAAGAAAGUGAGAGAGGAGAGAAGGCGAGCGAGAGGGCGGGCGAGAGAGGGAUAGCGAGAGAUGGGGAUGCUAGGGGCGAUCAUGGAGCACCCCGAGGACUUGUACCCCUUGGUGAAGCUGAAGAUGGCGGCGGAUCGGAUCAAGAGGCAGAUCCCGGGGGAGCCGCACUGGGCUUUCUCCUACGCCAUGCUCCAGAAGGUCUCCCGGAGCUUCGCGCUCGUCAUCCAGCAGCUCGGCCUCGAGCUUCGCAAUGCCGUUUGCAUUUUCUAUCUGGUUCUCAGAGCCCUCGAUACUGUUGAGGAUGAUACUAGCAUACCUUCAGACAUCAAAGUGCCAAUUCUGGAGUCCUUUCAUCGUCACAUAUAUGACUGUGACUGGCAUUUCUCAUGUGGAACAAAAGACUACAAAGUUCUGAUGGAUAAAUUUCAUUAUGUUUCUACCGCUUUCUUAGAGCUUGGUCCAAGUUAUCAAGUGGCAAUUGAAGAUAUCACCAAGAGGAUGGGUGCAGGAAUGGCAAAAUUUAUAUGCAAAGAGGUAGAAACAGUCGAUGACUACGAUGAAUAUUGUCACUAUGUAGCAGGAUUAGUUGGGUUAGGCCUGUCAAAGCUCUUUCAUGCGUCUGGGUUGGAAGAACUAGCUCCAGACUCCCUUUCCAAUUCAAUGGGUUUAUUUCUUCAGAAAACAAAUAUAAUUCGGGAUUAUUUGGAAGAUAUAAAUGAGAUACCAAAGUCACGCAUGUUCUGGCCCUGGGAAAUAUGGAGUAAAUAUGCCAGUAAACUCGAGGAUUUGAAAUAUGAGGAAAAUUCCACAAAAGCUGUUCAAUGUUUAAAUGACAUGGUAACCAAUGCUUUAAUGCAUGCUGAAGAUUGCCUUCACUACAUGUCUGCUUUGAAGGAUCUUGCCAUCUUUCGAUUUUGUGCUAUUCCUCAGAUCAUGGCAAUUGGAACCCUUGCUCUAUGCUAUAAUAAUGUGGAGGUUUUUAGAGGAGUUGUGAAGAUGCGACGUGGACUUACUGCUAGGGUUAUUGACCAAACAAGAUCAAUGUCGGAUGUCUAUGGUGCUUUCUUCGAAUUUUCAUCUUUACUCGAGUCCAAG